GCUGCUGGAUGUAGAAGGAAAGUAGGUCGUGCGCACGGACAAUGCCUCUAAGGGACAAGUGCUGUCAGACGGAACACCAUCACCAUGGGUGCUGCGAGCCAGUGCAUCGGUUGGAACCUGGUGAUCCUCCCUUAUUGCAGCAGCCUCUGCAAACAUCAAAAUCUGGUAUUCAACAAAUCAUUGAGUGUUUUCGAUCAGGAACGAAACAACUUAAACAUAUCUUGUUAAAAGAUGUGGACACCAUUUUUGAGUGUAAAUUGUGCCGGAGUCUCUUCAGAGGAUUACCAAAUUUAAUUACUCAUAAAAAGUUUUAUUGUCCUCCAAGUCUCCAGAUGGAUGACAACCUCCCAGAUAUAAAUGAUAAGCAGAGUCAAGCCAUAAAUGACCUCCUCGAAGCAAUCUAUCCAAGAGUAGAUAAGCAAGAAUAUGUAAUUACAUUGAAACCUAUAGAAACUAAUCAAAAUGCUGUAUUUCAAUAUGUAUCAAGGACUGAUAGCCCAGAUGAGAACACAGAAAGUUCCAAUACCCCUGAUCAAGCUCCAGUACAGAUACAGGAAGCCAGCACUGAGCAACCCAAGACUGUUUCAACUCCAGCCCCAGUCCCAGCUGGGGAGACUGUAGAAUUACCUCCUGCUGAUCCUGUUACAAACAAGGUGAUACCUGCUCCUGAAGAACAGCCUCCAACAGUAAAUCCCGAGUUGGACUCUCUGGAUAACUCUGAUUUUGGCCACCAGUUGAUUUGUUGCCUUUGUAGGAAGGAAUUUCAUUCGAGACGCAGUGUCCGCCGGCACAUUCGAAAAGUGCACAAAAAAAAGAUGGAAGAGCUAAAGAAGUACAUAGAAACAAAAAAGAAACCAAACCAGUGCUCUGCAAAAGGCCGAAAUAAGAAUGUUCUCGUAACGUUAGGUAGAAGUUGCCCGGUAUGUUAUAAAUCAUUUGCUACAAAAGCCAAUGUAAGGAGGCAUUUUGAUGAAGUUCACAGGGGAUUAAGAAGGGAUUCCAUUACUCCUGAUAUAGCUACAAAGCCUGGGCAGCCUUUGUUCUUGGAUACAGUUUCUGCUAAAAAAUCUUUUAAGACCCGUAAACAAAAGUCGUCUUCAAAGGCUGAAUACAAUUUAACUGCAUGCAAAUGCCUUCUGUGCAAGAGAAAAUAUAGUUCACAAAUAAUGCUGAAAAGGCACAUGCAAAUUGUUCACAAGAUAACGCUUUCUGGAAAGAACUCUAAAAGGGAAAAAGGACCCAACAAUACUGCCAACGGCACGGAAAUAAAAGUAAAAGUUGAACCAGCAGAUUCUGUGGAACCUUCACCCCCUUCCAUUGCUCUUUCUCCACAGAAUGAAUUAAAGGGAACAAAUCAUUCAAAUGAGAAAAAGAACACACCGUCAGCACAGAAAAAUAAAGUUAAACAGGACCCUGAAAACCCUAAAUCAACUUCUAAAUCAACUACUAAAUCAACCUGCAAAUCAGCCACUAAAUCAACCUCUAAAUCAACCAAUGCAUCUGCUGCAGGUGGCCAGCAAAAAACCAGGAAGCCAAAACUUUCAGCUGGCUUUGACUUCAAGCAGCUUUACUGUAAACUCUGUAAACGCCAAUUUACUUCUAAACAGAACUUGACAAAACACAUUGAAUUACACACAGACGGAAAUAAUAUUUAUGUUAAAUACUACAGGUGUCCACUCUGCUCUUACGAAACGCGUCGCAAACGUGAUGUGAUAAGGCACAUAACUGUGGUUCAUAAAAAGUCACCACGCUACCUUGGGAAAAUAACUGCCAGUUUAGAAAUUAGAGCAAUAAAAAAGCCAAUUGAUCUUGUUCUAAAUAAGGUGACAAAAAGAGGCCCUCAGAGGGAUGAAACAAAACAGAUUGGUUCAAAACAGGAUGUCACCUCUAAUUCUCCCAAUAAAAAGUAUGAAGGAGCUGAUGUUGGCAUUGAAGUAAAAGUAACAAAAAACUUUUCUCUGCACCGUUGCAAUAAAUGUGGGAAAGCAUUUGCCAGAAAAGCUUUUCUAGAACAUCAUAAGAAAACCCACAAAGCAAAUGUAUCACAUUCACCUGAAGACAAUAAAACCAAAGGCAGAAGUACAAGAUCUAAAGCUGUUGUCUGGUGA